AUGCGAAACCUUUACAUUAUUGUUUUUGACUCAUGCGGUGUGCGCUCCAUUUACGAUUUUUUGCUGACUCAAAUUCUCGACCAGACGACUUUGUACAACCUGAAUGUCAUAAGCUGCCCUGACGACGACGCCUUGUUUAGCAGCUCGCUCCUAAAGCAGGUCGACUUCUGUCACACGGCUUUUGGCAAGCGGUUGCUUCGACAGUGGUUGUGCAGCCCGUCAUGUAAUCCAAAAGUUAUCGAAGAGCGACAGCUAGCUAUUGAAGAUCUGAUACAGUCUCCAGAACUGACUAAAUUUAUGUCAUCCUGCCUGAAAGCCAUUCCUGAUUUGGAACGGUUGUUGCAAAAGUUUCAUUCUUUGGGACUUAAGCAUCGAUCGGUCGACCAUCCGGACGGUCGUGCGGUUUUCUUCGAAAGAACGGCUUAUAACAAGCGCAAGAUCGUCGACUUCCUGCAAAUGACCAACAGUUUCAGCAAGUUGCGGAGUGUCGUGCAGUUCGUCGCCGAUAAGGGCAUUACUUUCAAGUCCCAAAUGCUACGAUCAUCAUUGACAUGUAGCGCCCGCGACGAGAACGGUCGUUUUCCGGACAUAGAAGAAGAUUUGCACUACUUUAGAACGUCCUUCGAUUAUGACUCAGUGCGCAACGAAGGAAUGGUUAUCCCGAAUGAAGGCGUUCACAAGGAGUACGACAGCGCCGAAAAGCACCUGGAUGACGUCAAACUGACACUGGAAAACUACAUAGAUGAAAUAAGAAAAUCGCUCAAGUGCAGCGCGAUCAACUACGUAAAGAGCGGUCGUAACCGAUAUCAGCUGGAAAUACCUGACGGCAGUUGUCAGCAUCUCGGCUAUGAAUUUGAACUCAAAACUCAGCGAAAGGGUUACAAAAGAUACUCAACUGCAAGACUGAACGAACUACUAAAACAGCUUUUGUCGGCGGAAGAUCGGCGCAACGAUGCUUUAAAAGAUAUUCAACGUCAUUUGUUUUCGACCUUCAGCGCCAGAGGUGACAAAUGGCUAGCGGUGGUUGAAUGCGCGUCGUUAUGGGACGUGUUAUUUUCGCUGGCCAAAUAUUCUACGUCCAGUUGUUGCAUGUGCUUUCCCAGUGUCAUUCCGUCAGACUCGCGAUCACCGUUCAUCUCCAUCAGUUCUGGCGUUCACCCUUGUUUCGUUAACACUCGAACGCUCGCCACGCAAUUUAUUCCUAACGACACCGAAAUCGGUGACGUUAAGAAUUGUCAAAAAUCUCCGAUGGUUCUGCUGCUGACCGGUGCAAACAUGGGCGGCAAAACGACUUUAAUGCGCCAGGUAGCAUUGAUCGUGAUCUUAGCUCAGAUCGGUUGUAAAGUUCCCGCUAGUUCGUGCCUUAUGACCCCGGUGGACCGGAUUUUUACGCGUAUCGGCGCCAGUGACAACAUUCUACAUGGCCAAAGCACAUUUUUUGUUGAAUUGAGUGAAACGAACUCAAUCCUCAAGAAUGCUACCGUUAAUUCUCUGGUGAUUAUCGACGAACUCGGUCGCGGAACGUCGACUCACGACGGCACGGCGAUCGCCUUCGCCGUUCUCAAGGAACUCGCCAACAACGUCUGCUGUCGCACUAUCUUUUCUACGCAUUACCAUUCGGUCGUAAAAGACUUCAGUGAUCAUCCGAACGUUUUCGUCGGUCACAUGGUUGGUAUACGUUUUUUCUUAUUCGUAAAUUCGGCUUGCGUUGUCGAAAAGGAAUUGGAUGACCCUGUGUCAGAAAAUGUUACGUUUCUGUACAAGUUGGCAAAAGGCGCUUGCCCAAAGAGCUACGGUUUCAACGCUGCUAAGUUGGCCGGCAUUCGUCCGAAUGUGCUGCGUAAUGCGUACGCGAAGAGCCAGCAGUUUGCAAAUUAUCAUCACUUCAUGUUGUCACUCAGACAGCUAGCAGCAAUACAAGACACCUUAACUGACGAAGAACUGAUGAAUAGACUUGUGCAGAUUCUUCGACACGGGGAGUGA